AUGAAAGUCCACACAGUCACUUUCAUGGCAAGUUCGUUUAGCGGCAUUGUGCUCCUAUGCUGCUUGUCUGCCAUCGGACAAAUUUACAACAACGUUCAAAACUUUUGGCGGGAACUAGACAUGGAAAUGAGUACUAUUCGAACACAAACAGAUGAAAUGUGGCGUAACCUAGUUCACAUUGGCAGCACUCGGCAACGUCGCGAAAGUUAUGCAUACAGUGAGUCCGCCAGAAAAGCUAGCUCAUCAGAGAGAUAUGGUAGCGUUAUGAAUCCCAGCGCUCCUGCUCACACAGUUGCUCUGCCCCCAUCCGGUUCUGGACCUAUGUCACCCGGCUGCCACUGCCAGAGUGAGAACAAAUGUCGUCAUGGACCAGUAGGACCAAAAGGUCUUCCUGGAGUUCCUGGACCUAAUGGUAUUCCCGGUAUGGAUGGCAAGCCUGGAGCAGAUGCUAUGGACGUCAGCCCUGAACUACAAGACACUGGAAGGUGCUUCCACUGCCCACCUGGAGCGAUCGGCGCUCCAGGCCCAAUUGGUCGUCCUGGCAUACGUGGAAUGCAAGGCGCAGACGGCGCCCAAGGGCGACCUGGACACGACGGCAAUCCUGGUCAUCCGGGAGAAAUGGGUAUACCAGGACCGCAAGGACGUCCCGGUCCCGAUGGACGUGUUGGAGAAAAGGGAGCUGAUGGACGGCACCCAAUAGGUCGCCCUGGUCCUAAGGGUCAGCGCGGUCCACCAGGAGAUGUUGGACCACAAGGUGAACCUGGGCUGAACGGGCGUGAAGGAGAACCAGGACCUACUGGUCCCCCUGGUGGACCCGGAGCUGCUGGACCACAGGGUCUGGAUGGCCCUUCAGGAGGCGACGGAGACUUUGGUAGACCUGGUAGGGAUGCCGAAUAUUGUCCGUGUCCAGCCAGAGGCUUCCGCGGUGGUCACGGCAAGAUUUGA